CAAAACCCUCGCUUUUAACCGAAGAGGGAGAGAGAGAAGCGCUCGGAGUUCCUCGGCGUCGAUCUCUAAUGGCGAAGGACGAGGAGGAGUUCCGCGGAGAGAUCGAAGAACGGCUGAUAAACGAGGAGUACAAGAUAUGGAAGAAGAACACGCCGUUCCUGUACGAUUUGGUCAUCACCCACGCCCUAGAAUGGCCUUCGCUCACCGUGCAGUGGCUGCCGGACCGGGAGGAGCCACCCGGACGCGACCACUCCAUUCAGAAGAUGAUUCUCGGCACGCACACCUCUGACAAUGAGCCUAAUUACUUGAUGCUUGCUCAGGUCCAGCUUCCCCUUGAGGAUGCUGAGUAUGAUGCCCGGCAGUAUGAUGACGAGCGUGGGGAGAUCGGUGGCUUCGGUUCCGCCAGUGGCAAGGUGCAAAUAGUUCAGCAGAUAAAUCAUGAGGGAGAGGUCAAUCGAGCUCGUUACAUGCCUCAAAAUCCAUUUAUAAUUGCAACAAAGACAGUUAGUGCAGAGGUGUAUGUUUUUGACUACAGCAAGCAUCCAUCCAAACCUCCUCUAGAUGGUGCUUGCAAUCCUGAUUUGAGAUUAAAAGGCCACAACACUGAAGGAUAUGGUUUAUCUUGGAGCCUUUUUAAGGAAGGCCAUCUACUCAGUGGUUCAGAUGAUGCUCAAAUAUGCUUGUGGGACAUUAAGGCAUCCCCAAAAAAUAAGUCUCUUGAUGCUCUGCAGAUUUUUAAGGUUCAUGAUGGUGUUGUCGAAGAUGUUGCAUGGCAUUUAAGGCAUGAAUAUCUAUUUGGUUCUGUUGGUGAUGACCAUCAUCUGCUUAUAUGGGAUCUGCGUACACCAGCAGCCAACAAGCCAGCUCAAUCUGUAGUUGCUCAUCAAGGUGAGGUUAAUUGCCUAGCUUUCAAUCCCUUCAAUGAGUGGGUUGUAGCAACAGGCUCAACCGAUAAGACUGUUAAAUUAUUUGACCUCCGGAAGAUCAGCAAUGCCCUGUAUACUUUUGAUGCUCACAAAGAAGAGGUUUUCCAAGUAGGAUGGAAUCCAAAGAAUGAAACGAUAUUAGCUUCAUGCUGCCUUGGGAGGAGGCUUAUGGUGUGGGAUCUUAGCAGGAUUGAUGAGGAACAAACACCAGAAGAUGCAGAAGACGGUCCUCCGGAGCUGCUAUUCAUUCACGGCGGCCAUACCAGUAAGAUAUCCGAUUUCUCAUGGAAUCCUUCAGAGGACUGGGUGAUCGCCAGCGUGGCCGAAGACAACAUCCUGCAAAUAUGGCAAAUGGCCGAGAACAUUUACCAUGAUGACGAUGACGUUCCCGCCGAUGAUGCCUCAACUAAAGCCCCAUAAGAAGAAGCAGCAGAAGGUAAUAAGAAGACAGCGAAAACUCUUCUGAUUUUGUGUAGGCACUAACCUAAUUCUCUCUUUAGGUUUGUUCAUAUUGGUCAUCUUGUAGGCCUUCAUGGCUUCUUUAUCUUAUUCUCUCUAUUUAUCUGUGAACAAUGUUUCUGGUUUUUGUUUUACCCCAUUUUGCAAGAAACCAUUUCUCAUUUCUA